CUUCCUCACGAUCCCGAAGCUCUUUUCCGCUUCUUCACUCUCCAGUACCUUUUACCUCUCACACAUUGCUUCCUACCAUUGCGUCUUACCACCCAGUCAUAACGGCAUUACACAACUCUUGACUCUUCGACCAAGCCGGACCACCGAAACCCACCGUUGUCUCACGCCAUUCGAGCUCCCCAUUCCAUCGUGGUCAUUGCGCAAUCGUCCGUGCGCUACAUAUAUGAAUCACACCCUCACCUAGUUCAUACAUUGAAAUAUUUUUCGCUGCCUCGCCGUCGAGAACUUUCGAUCCAACUCUUCGAUCAAUAUACAUCUACAACAUCGACAGAGUUGCUGCCGUCGCUCUGAGUCAUCGACUACUUGACUCUUCUUCACACCUCGACAGACUCGACUCCAACACAAUACAACACAACACCACAACUAUCAACCAUGGACUGCUUUCAAGACUUCUGCCUCUUCUGUGACCGGGACUCACCUGACGGUCCCUACUGCUCACAACGAUGCAAACUCGCCGACCUUGAGAAGGCGAGCUCGUCCAACCCUGGAUCACCCACAUCAUCUCGACACGACCACCGCGACACUCGAUACGUACUGUCGCCAGCAUACAAGUUCCACAGCGAGCAACAACAACAACAACACCAACGAACACCAGGCUACGACGCUCCAGCGGCGAACAACUCUCGACGACCUCGAUCAUCCUACUUCAUGUGGACAGCAUCGCCCACAACCCAGGACCGAUCACUCAUCGAAGACCGCUCGCUAUCACCCUCAUCAUCACGCACAUCACUCUCAUCAACGUCAAGCGGCUCCAGCACGACAGACGCCUUCUCCGCGCAAGCUAAGCAGCAACUUCAGGAGUAUUUUAGCUCCUUCGACCAAGCUCGAGCUGCAAAGCGGAGGUCCAGCACUAGGAGCACCUGACUCGACCAAGCCUCCUGACCUCACCUGGAGUUACACUUUCACACACCACGUCAGUCCGACGACACCACUUCCUCGGACCUGUGGAAAGCUUCUGCAUUGGAAUUAUUGAGCGACUUCUGACACGACCACCACGGCUUCAAGACGACACAGCAUCGAAGCCGGGAUCCUUCUUUUGUACGCAUUGCAUCAUGGUGUACCACUAAAAGCAUCUGACCGGGACAUUUUGGGGAGACUUGUUUGAAUCACAAAGGCGCGAAAAAAAAACCCCAACAUGUAUCUGAGCGAAUCUGGGUUGGAGUUACUUCUACGAAUUUGGCCGGCGAGCCAUCAUCUGUACGCAUGAACGAAAGGAAGUUUUGGGAUGAGAUUUUUUCUGGUGUACUCGAUCGCUACUCUGUUGUUGGAAAGGGUCCAUUUGUUUGCUUGCUUAUGGAGG